AUAUCAUUAAGCGAAUUAUCUUGCAUGCUCAAGGGGCUAUAAAAACGUACCCAAGCCUCUAACUAAAACAAAUUGCAACAUCAACAAAAUAUAUUUCACAAGAUGGAACAUUCAUGGCUUCUCUUAAAGUUUACCACCAUCUCACAAAUAUUGAUGAUAGUGGUGCUUUCACAGUUAGUACUUCUCUUUACCAAUCCUUGUUUCUCUAUUUUCAACAUGGCAACAGCUUCAAAGGUUGAAUCCCAAGGGAGAGCUCUUCUUCAAUGGAAGGCCACCCUCGCAACACAAGACCUCCUUCACAACUGGACAUCAACAGCCAGUCCAUGCAACUGGACUGGAAUCACUUGCAGAUAUGAUGGCCAUCUCAUCCCAACCAUUACCAAGGUCCAAUUGGAACACUUGGGAUUAGAAGGGAAGCUGGAGACUUUCAACUUCUCUGCUCUACCAUCACUCAGAGUUCUCAACCUCAGUAACAACCAUCUACAUGGAUCCAUACCUGAGGCCAUUUCAGCUCUGUCCAAGCUCACCAUCUUUGAUCUCUCUAACAACAAUCUCACAGGCAUCAUCCCUUCAGAGCUUGGUAAUUUGACAAGGCUCAAGACACUGUGGUUCUUUGAGAAUCAGAUAAGUGGCUCCAUACCUCCUUCAUUUGGAAAGCUUAUGAACUUGCAAUCAUUAGAUAUCUCCCUUAAUUUCUUAAUUGGUUCCAUCCCUCUAGUAUUUGGAAACUUAACCAAACUCAAUUUUUUACUCCUAUGGAGAAAUAACCUCACCGGUUCCAUUCCUUAUCGGAUUGGGAAUCUAAUGAAUUUGAGAGAUUUUGAAAUAUUUGAUAAUCAAAUAAUUGGUCCCAUCCCACGUAGCAUUGGAAACAUGACCAAGCUUGAAACCUUUUACCUUUAUAAAAAUAACAUAAAUGGCUCCGUUCCUUAUGAGAUUGGGAAUCUAGUGAAUUUGAUAAACUUUGAUAUAUCUGAAAACCAAAUAACUGAUUCCAUCCCAUAUAGCAUUGGAAAUUUAACCAAGCUUCAACUUUUUCAACUAUUUGACAAUAACAUGAAUGGCUCCAUUCCUCCUCCUCUCGGAAGUUUAAAAAGUCUUACCACCUUAAGCUUAUUUGACAAUCAACUCUCUGGCUCAUUGCCUAUUGAAAUGGUGAAUCUUACAAAUCUAAUGUCUCUUGACCUGUUCAACAACAUCUUUUCUGGUAAUCUACCACCAGAUUUGGCAAAAGGAGGUUUGCUUAAACAUCUUCUUUUGGGAGACAAUAAUUUCCAUGGUCCCAUUCCAAUGAGUUUGAAAAAUUCAACCAAGUUAAUUAGGGUGCGGCUUGAAAGUAACCAAUUCACUGGAGAUGUUUCUGAAAGUUUUGGUAUUCAUCCGCAAUUGGAUUAUAUUGAUCUAAGCUUUAACAGAUUAUAUGGCACAUUAUCACCAUUAUGGGGAGCAUGUCUUAAUUUAAAAAACCUUAAAAUAUCUAGCAACAAAAUUAGCGGAUUCAUACCUUCGGAAAUUGGCCAAUUGCGAAAGUUACAACUGCUCGACAUCUCCUCCAAUAAUAUUGUGCAAAAGAUCCCAAAGGAGUUUGGCAAACUAUCUCAUAUAUUUCAACUAAACAUGAGCAACAAUCAUCUCACAGGAACCAUACCACCAGAAUUUGGUGAUUUAUCUUCACUAGAAAUUCUAGAUCUAUCAAGCAAUUAUUUGACAGGAGAAAUACCAGUACAGUUGAAGCAUUGCCUUAAAUUGAAAUUACUCAAGUUGAGUGGUAAUGAACUAAGUGGAGCAAUCCCUUCCCAACUUGGUGAUUUGAACUUGCAUGAUGUUCUAGACUUAAGCGACAAUUUAUUCACAAGAGAAAUACCACCACAACUUAGUAAGUUAAUGAUGUUGCAAACGAUGAAUUUAUCACAUAAUGAGUUGGUUGGCGGCAUUCCAUCUUCUUUCCAAUUAAUGAUGGGCUUAACAUCAUUUGAUAUAUCUUAUAAUUCUUUAGAAGGUCCAAUUCCAGAGAAUCAUCUCUUUCAAGCGGCUCCAAUGGAGUGGUUUACCCAUAAUAAGGGAUUAUGCGGUCAAGUGCAUGGUUUGCCUCGAUGUAAUCAAUCCUCUUCUGCAAGUAGAGGUGAUGGAGAGAAACAUCAAAAAGUCAUUAUGUUGACUGCUCUUCCCAUAUUUGGCAUUUUAUUCCUCUUACUCCUAAUAGUUGCAAUCACUUUGCUACUUUAUAAGAGAAAAAAUUUCAUAGCAAAAGAUUCUGGUGAAGAAGUUGGUGGAUACUCCAUUUGGAACAUGAAUCAUGGGAAAAAAGCAUACAAAGAGAUCAUUCAAGCCACUAAGAAUUUUGAUAAUAUGUUUCGGAUUGGUGCAGGAGCUUGUAGCAUAGUCUAUAAAGCGACAUUAUCUUCAGGAGAAACACUUGCUAUUAAAAAAAUUCAGAAUGAAGGAGGAGUGAACGAGCAAGUUUUCAGAAAUGAAAUACAUGCACUAACUGAAACUCGGCAUCGAAAUAUUGUGAGAUUUUAUGGUUUUUGCUCUACUAAUAAAUACAGCUUUCUUGCAUAUGAGUAUAUGGAGAGAGGAUGCCUAGGUGCCACUUUGAGAUCUGAAGAGAGGGCAAUGGAGUUGGAUUGGAUCAAAAGAAUUAACAUUGUCCAAGACGUUGCUCAAGCUUUAUCUUACUUGCAUCAUGAUUGUGCACCACCCAUCAUUCAUCGAGAUAUAACAAGCAACAACAUUCUUCUAGAUGAGGAGUACAAGGCUUGUGUUUCAGACUUUGGUAUUUCUAGACCUCUAAAACCCAACUCAUCACAUUGGAGUUUGCUUGCAGGCACCUAUGGAUACAUGGCACCAGAGCUUGCCUGUGUAAUGAGGGUGACUGAAAAAUGUGAUGUAUAUAGCUUCGGGAUUGUAGCACUUGAAGUGAUACAUGGAACUCAUCCUGGCGAUCUCCUAAGCAACUUAUCAUUGAGUAUGUUAGUGAAAGAUAUACUUGAUCCACGUCUUCCACUUCAUAUAGCAAAUCAAGUGAUCACAAACCAAGUGCUUUCGGUGAUUUCAAUAGCAAUGCAGUGCAUUAACACUGAUCCACAAGCUCGGCCUACAAUGCAACAAGUAUCUCAAAGGUUGUCUUCUCCAAAGUCUUUGCCAGCAUCCAACAUCUAUCCUUUUGAAGCACUCACCCUUGAUCAUCUCAUAAAGAUUGCACAAACACAUAUUGAUGAUCAAGCCUUUGAAUAAUGAGAACUUUGGAAAGGAAUAUGUUUCUAUUAAAAAUGGAAAUAAAAAAUGUUUAAACUUGUUCAAAUUGGAGUUCUACCAAUAGAAGCCUGGAGUUCCUAGAUCUUCACACGGGUCACUUGCGAGCCCCUAGAGAGACAGACACCGACACCCACUCAAGCUGAUUGGAGCGACUCUUUGAGGAUCUAGAGAGCCCCCCAACCCGUCCACUCUUUGUUCUUUGCUAAGAGUUAGUGGUCUUCCAAGGAUUUUAUCCUAUGUUUUGUUCUAUUGUUGUUUUUUAGCUCCACUUCUAGUAGACAGUUUUUAAUGUGUUGCCAUUGUUACUUCUGGUUGUUGUUGUUAAGUUGUUUAUGGACUCUUAUUGCUCCUCAUAUUUUCUUUUAAUUAU